UGGAAUCUCUAAUUUCUACUUAAUUUUAAAAUUUUCUUAAAAUUAUUUUCUACAAAAUAAAAUGAAUUCUUCAUUAAAUCAAUUAAUUUCAAAUAAUUCUUUAAAUAAAAACCAAAACCAAUUAAUUAUUCCCCCUUCACCAGAAGAUAAAUCAGCCAAUUAUUUAGCGGCUGCUUCAGCCCUUCAAUUAGUUGGGGAUUCAGAAGAAAGUUCUUUAUUGAGAAGAAUUCCUGCAGGUAUACAACUUUCGGGGACUUUAGCACCUUGGCAACAACAACAAAUUAGUGAAGAUGAAUUCUUUGCCACCUUACCUGUAUUUGAUAUGUUCCCCUUAAGCAAUGGAGACGAGAAUCACCUUUAUGCUAUUUUGUUUCUUGUUGGUGUAUGUGGAAAUAUUAGUGUUAUUACUUUAAUUAGACAUUUACAUUCAAAUACAAGUUAUGAUAAUACAAUGAUUUAUGUUCUUUUUCUUUGUUUUGUCGACUUAGCUUCUGUUGUGCCCCUUCCUAUGGCUAUUAUGGACCAAUUACUCGGUUUUUGGAUGUUCGGAACAGCCUUAUGUAAAGUCUAUAGAGCACUUGAACACGUUGGGAGGGCUUUAAGUACUUUUGUGCUUGCAGCUAUGGCUUUUGAUCGUUUUAUGCGUGUUUGUUAUCCACACAGAAAAACUAGGCAAAUUUUUACCUUCUAA